CCCCUCUGUAGGGACGUUAGCUUUCUGAACUGGAAGUAACGUUCCCUCCGGAGAUUAGAGCAGCAGCAACAGUGUUAGUCACUGGAGCCUCAAAAUACACCUGCAGUCUCCACAGAGCUGCAUCAGAUAAGCCAUGACAGAGGAGCCGGGAAAUAAGAAAGAUGCCAAGAACACAGCUCCAGAGACAGAGGGGGACGGCAUGGAUCAAGUGGACCUUGGGCCAUUAAUUAAAAUAACCCCUUAUCUGAAAACACUUCCAACUGCCGUGGGGAAGUUUAGACGUCUACACUUAGAAAAAUCGCCUGAUUCUUCAAGUCCCCCAAAGUUACCAGACCCACAACUGAGUACUUCCCUGGAGGGGCCAUUUGGCUUGGGCCCUCUAGUUUUCCCUGCUUUUCAACGUUUCAACAACAUUGACUUCUUCACGUUUUGGUACUUUCUGUUGGUCACAGCUCAUGGUGCUGUAUUUGCUCUUGUUGAUUAUUGUUUAAAAAAAAUAGACAAGGAAUUUUCUCUGUCAGAGAAAGAGAGACUCAUAAUGGAUUACAGCGAUUAUCAUGCAUCUUUUCUGGUAGCAGUACUCAUAGCACACUAUGGAGGCAGAGGAAACAGGUCAAAAUGGAUGGCAGCUUCUGCCUUUAUAUUAGGAAUUGCAUCAAUUAUAUUUGCUCUUAUUUUCUACAAGUAUGAAAUUAUAAAACCAGUGGAAAAAAGUGAAGAAUUGUGCAUAGAAGAACAACACAGGACAAUGUCAGGUUGUCGGGCACUAAUGUUACCACACAGAACAGAAUGUAUCCACCUCUUCAUCCUUGGGCAAUACCUCCAUGGAAUAACAGGAAUGCCUCUUUAUAUCCUUGGCGUGACCUUCAUUUUCGACCAUGUUCCCACAUUCUCAGCUGGCCUCUAUCUAGCUAUCUGUGAUGCUGCACAAUUGUUAGGAUAUCUUCUGGGUUUUGUAAUAUCAUCAUGGCCUCCUCCUCAGCAUGGAAAUCCGAAUGAAGAUGAAAAUGAGAUUCAGUUUCGAAAGUUUCAGCAAAAUUGGUGGAGCGGUUUUUUUUCGGUUGCUGUACUUUCGUGGUGUACAUUUUUACCAUUGUUAUGUUUUCCGUGUAGGUUACCAGGUGCACACAAGCUAAGAUUUGAGAAAGAAAAGGAACCUCCCUCCUUCGACAAGAGACUUAAAAAUAAGGAAUAUGGACCUAGUUUGAAGGAUAUGGUUCAGACUACUAAGUGUCUGUUGAAGAACCCACUGCUGAUAUGCUACUCACUGUGCAAAACCACUGAGUCCCUUACUUUUAAAGGAUCUAUGUCAUUUGUGCCCAUUUAUUUACAAAAUCAGUUUUUGAUAACACCCUCAGUUGCCUCUAUGCUCACAGGCUUGAUAUUAAUUCCAGGAUUGGCAAUUGGCCAUUUUGUGGGAGGUUUAAUUGUUGACAGAUUGGAAAUGAGUUGUAAAAACAAAAUAAGAUUUACAGUGGUGACAUCUACUAUAGCACUUGUGCUUUUUAUAUUAAUCCUUUUUGUAGAGUGUGAAACAGUGAAAUUUGCUGGAAUCAAUGAAGAUUAUGAUGGGUCAGGUAACUUGGGAAACCUCACAGCUCCAUGCAAUGAGAAAUGUGCUUGCCCAAGUUCAAUCUAUGCUUCUGUAUGUGGAAGAGAUGAUACUGAGUAUUUUUCUCCCUGCUUCGCAGGCUGCAGGGCUUCUAAAUUUUUGCACAAUGAAAAGGCAUAUUACAAUUGUUCUUGCAUUAAACAAGGACUGACAAAUGCAGAUACUGAAGGUGACUUUGUUGAUGCGGUUUCUGGAAAAUGUAGUAACAAGUGUCACACAUUACCUUUGUUUUUUGCCUUUUUCUUUUCUUCAAUACUUUUUUCCAAUUUGUCUAGUAUACCUGUCACCAUUACUAUCCUCCAAAGUGCACCUGCCAAUUUAAAUUCACUGAGCCUGGGUAUAACCUACACAAUUUGGAGAAUAGGUGGAUCCAUCUUUGCACCAUUGGCUUUUGAUGUAUCAAUAGCUCGAGCUUGCAUUUACUGGAACAUUAAUGAAUGUGGAAUCAAAGAACGUUGUUGGAUCCACAAUAAGUCAAAAAUGGUCUACAUAGUGAUGGGACUAUGUGUUUUUUUCCAAUCAUCCACUGCCUUGCUUGGUCUUUUUGCCCUUUCCAAAUAUGAUUCUGUGGUAAAUGCAAGUAGGGACUGUCUGGUCCAUCCUGUAAUGGAAGGAAAAGAGGGUAAAGAAGAAAAAACAUAAUUUCUGACUGAUUUCUUCAUUGGGACUGGAGAACAUGUGAGGGUCCAAGUUCUAAGAACAGCAGUCUAUCAUUUGAAAAUUUCUCAAGAUUUCUGGCCAGGCUGUCAUUCAGAAGUGAAAAUAUAGCAGAAAAGUAUCUAUUUAGAUCUUCAUUUUCACAAUAAAGAAUACUAUUAUGAAACA